GCCCGCUUCUAGCUGGCUUGCUGUCUCUGUGUCGUUGUUGUUGUGUGCUGCUGCUGAAGCUUGUUGCCAUCGUCUCACUUGCUCGGGUUCCGGGGCCCGCGCCUCCUCCUCCCCGUUCUCGCUGCGGGGGCUACGCGAGUCCUUCGUCGUUGCUGAAUUCUGCAUCUGCAGAUCUUCGUUUCGUGUGCCGUGAUUCAAUAUAUUUUGCAUCUGGCGUUUCUGCAGUGUGGCUUGCUCUUUUUCUGUCUGAUUCGGGUUGACUCUCUGAGGCCUUGGGAGUGAGGAGAGAGAGAGAGAGGGAGAGACUGUUGCUCAUUGAGACUGAUCGUCGACUCGAUCUCGAGCUGAGGUUUCGUGGAGGCUUUGGCGGAAUAGUUGUGCUUAGGUGGUUUGGAGGGGAUUUAGCGUCAGCAUUUGCCGAAGACUGUGCAAGAGUUCUUGGGUUCUCAUCUACUAUGUUCAUGUUCCGCUUACAAGGAGUGUGAAAGUUUUGGUUGAAGCGUUCAAAACGUUGGGAAAGUGGCUUGUGAUUAGGGUUGAGUUUGUUGCGGGGCAUUUCGCUGUUGCGGGCACGCAGAAAGGAGUUGGAAAAUGUAGCGUUGGUCCAAGCUUAAUAACUUCGUAUUCAUCGUAUCGGAGCUGGCACUUGCUGCGUAGAUCUUGGAGAGUAACUGUGGUUGUAUUUCGAAUCGCUUUUUUUCUUUUUUAGGCUUUAGGGGAGGCUACACACAUCUGUGUAUGAAGAUGACGUGGUCUUAUUUAUAUAUAGAUAGAAGGAAAAUUGGUGGACCAGAAUAAGUCACCUAUCCCGGUAUUGGAUCACUAUGAAGAAUUAUAGAGAAGUUUUUGCAGUUCUCGAUUUCUCAAGGCAUUAGGGUUGUGGAUUAUGCCUUCGCACAAGCGUUAUCAAGGAAUGCGGGCCUUCUGGCAUGGCUGAUGGAAGAAGCAGCCCAUGCAUUGGCAGAUAUUGUAGAACGGGUGACCUCGUGGAUCCCUCGCCUUGGCAGCAGGGAGGAUGAGGCUACAGUCAUGUCUCGAGAUUUUUGGAUGCCCGAUCGAAGCUGUCGCAUGUGCUAUGAAUGCGAUUCUCAGUUCACAAUCUUUAAUCGGCGACAUCACUGUCGAAUUUGCGGCCGCGUCUUUUGUGGAAGAUGUACCCUCAAUACCAUCCCGGCCUCUUUCAGCCCUCGCAGUGGCCACGACGAAAACGAGCGAGUCCGUGUAUGCAACUUUUGUUUCAAGCUCCGGAGUGAGCAAGAAUAUACCGAUCGCGUCAUUCUUGCUGUGGACUCGCCAACAAGUCAAACUUUGAGUCCGUCGGAGCCAGGGUACAAUUUCAACACGGCAUCAGGCUCAACUAGCAAGACACCUUCUGGGAAUCAUGAUACCUACUCUCCCAGACCUCUCCCUUCACCCGAUGGCAAUAUUGCGGAAUUAGAGGCUCCUGUGGAUGGGAACCCUGCUUGUGCAUUAUGCAUGAACACUCAACCUGUUAGUACUGUGUGUCUUCAUGGGCAAUCAAGGGAUCAAGCUUCAAGUCUCUAUGAGUUUUGCAGGAGUGAUGACGAGGAGGAUCAAGGUCAGAAGACUGAAAGAGAUCUUUAUGAUGAGGAUGAUAGCGUUCUGGACCUGGACUACGCGGAUGGGCGUGGGAAAUUGCAAACCUCUAACGAUGGUUCUCAUAAUGUGGGAGGAAUUCCUGUGAUGGUCGAUAAAGUCCGCGGUAGCAGGGAUGUCGAUGGGGAGACUUCUGUAAUGUGGAGAAGUGCUCAAUCGUGUGAUGAUAUUGAGAGCCUUGAUGGGAUUCUCAAUGAACCCCCUAUGUACGAGGAAGAGCCUCUUGUGUCACCUGUUCCAAAUGAGAUUGACCAUCCAAGUUUUGAUUACGAGAGUAACGGGGUUAUCUGGGUUCCGCCGCCUCCCGAAGAUGUUGAUGAAACUGAAAUGAGCUUGGUCGAUGAGGAUGACGAUGAUGUUGAGUGGGUGCCGCGAAUGCCUGGGAGUGUCAGCAGCAGUGAGAAUAGGAGCAAGGCAGCAAUGCGGGCCAUAGUUGAUGGUCAUUUCAGAGCCCUUGUUGCCCAGCUUCUUAUUGCAGAAGAUGUGCGGUUUAGAGGAGGCCCAAGCAGCUGGUUGGAAAUUGUAAGUACGUUGUCGUUACAAGCUGCCAGUCUUGUUAAACCGGAUACAAGUAAAGGAGGUGGAAUGGAUCCAGGUGGCUAUGUGAAGGUCAAAUGUAUAGCCUCUGGACGGCGCGAAGAUAGCACGGUCGUAAAGGGUAUUGUAUGUCAUAAAAAUGUGCAAAAUCGACGCAUGCAAUCUCGUUUCAAGAACCCUCGUCUUCUUUUACUGGGUGGGGCUUUGGAGUAUCACCGUGUUUCUAAUCAACUUUCAUCUCUUGAUACUUUGCUACAACAGGAGAGGGAUCAUCUCAGCAUGACUGUUGCCCGUAUUGAAGCCCACCACCCUCAUGUUCUCUUGGUGGAGAAAACGGUGUCAAGAUAUGCGCAGGACAAGUUGUUGGAGAAAGAAAUUUCAGUUGUUUUGAAUGUCAAGAGGCCACUUUUGGACCGCAUUUCUCGGUGUACUGGAGCUCAGAUAGUUGCUUCUCCAGAAUAUCUUAUGGCGCCUACUCAUGGUCAAUGUGAACUGUUUCACAUUGAAAAAUUUGUAGAGGAGCAUGACUAUAAAGGUCAGGGAGGUAGACCAGGUCCAAAGUAUCUUAUGUUUUUUGAAGGAUGCCCAAGACCUUUGGGUUGCACAGUUCUUCUACGAGGCGCAACUACAGAAGAACUGAAGAGUGUGAAGAAGGUAGUGCAGUUUGCUGUAUUUGCUGCUUAUCAUCUGGCAUUAGAGACGUCGUUCUUGGCGGACGAGGGUGCUACAUUACCUGAACUUUCACUUUCAUCUCCAGUGAGCUCGGUUCAAGGCACACAACGGGGAUCGGAUAGACCAGUUUCCUCCAUGUCGAGCAUCACCGGCCGCCCAUUGUCUGGACAUCCUCUUGCACCUAACACUCAAUCUCAUCAGCAAGGCAAGAAGUCCCAAUCGUCAUUACCAACUAAAGCUUCGAUAGGAGAUGUUCCAGAUGCCCUCUCCAAUCCUGCUUUGGGUGGUGUAGAGAAUAAACCCGAAAUGUACAAUUUUCCUGUUUCUCAGGCAGUUUCAGGUACCAGACCAUCAUUUUAUAUUAAUAUGGAGCCUCAUCCGGGAUCCAAGAAUGUGAAACAGAACACGUCUGAUACAUCAUGGGACAAAAGAGCAGUCAUGCAGCUCUCUUCCGCUGGAGACCUGCGCCAACAAGACCUACCGUCUGAGCUGGAGAAUACGAAGGAUGUUAAUGAAAGUUCUACCGCUCAGGGGACUGUGACGAAGGAUGACUUCCCUCCACCAUUGGCAGAUCAUCAGAGUAUCUUGGUCUCUCUAUCAAGUCGAUGCUUGCGCAAAGGAAGCGUUUGUGAGCGUCCCCACUUAAAGCGUAUCAAGUACUACGGAAGCUCUGAUAAACCUCUUGGAAAGUUCUUAAAGGAUUCUCUUUUCAAUGUGAGCAGCAGUUGUGGUUCUUGCGAGGAGCCGCUGGAUUCGCAUGUUCAUUGCUAUACACAUCGCCAAGGGAGUUUGACUAUUUCUGUGCAACGACUAAGGGAUACUGAGCUGCCAGGGGAGAAAGAUGGGAGGAUAUGGAUGUGGCAUCGAUGUCUUCGUUGUCCACGAACAGAUGGUGUUCCUCCAGCAACUAGAAGGCUUGUAAUGUCAGAUGCAGCUUGGGGCCUUUCUUUUGGCAAGUUUUUGGAACUUAGUUUCUCAAACCAUGCUGCGGCCAGCCGUGCUGCAGCUUGUGGCCACUCUUUGCAUAGAGAUUGUCUCAGAUUUUAUGGGUGUGGCAGCUUUGUGGCUUGCUUUAAAUAUGCGACUAUCAACCUCCACUCUGUGGCUGUUCCUCCUCCGCAGCUAGAAUUUCACAAUCCUAAGCAGCAGGGCUGGCUACUUAAUGAAGCAAAUGAGGUCGCAAAUAAAUCAGAUCUAGUAUUUGCAGAGAUUUUUAAUGCCAUAGGUGUUCUUGGGGAAAAGAUAGCAAGCUCGAAGUUCUUGUACUCCAGUGCCAAGCUCUCUGAAGCUAGGCGGCAGCUUGUGGAGUUGGAAAGCUUGUUGCAGAAAGAGAAAGCGGAGGUUGAGACACUAUUACACAUGGCUGCACCGUUGUCUGCCCCGCUGGUGGCAGACAUUCUAGCUCUUAAUAAGAUCAGACAUCACCUAGCAGAAACUUCUGCUGCCUGGGAAGAAUGUCUUUCUAAACUCUCCAGCUCUCUGAAUGUGCGACCGCAGAUGAGGAACUCUGAUCCAGGUUUUCUUGAUUCAACAUUGUUGCUUUCUAAAAUUGGCAAUACUUCAUUCGGAAGGUUCAGGGAUCUAGAGGUUAACUCUACAGCGAAGGAAGAGCCAAUAUCGAGUUCAAACUCAGAUAUGGGAUAUCGAAAAGAGCAAGAGCAAUCUGACAAUUCCACCGGAGGAAAAGUAGAACAGAUAGCUCACAAGCAGCAGAAUGUGGAAGAUACUUCGGAGGCCAGCGUUGAGUCUGCUAGUACUGGUGAAGAAAUGUUCAGGCUUUUUACCCCUUCGGUGGCCGCUGACGCUCUUGAUGCUCAAUCUACAAUAACCUCCGUCUCUGGUGUUCACCCGUUAUUGCUUGAUGAGCUUGAUGAAAGUUCGGGAACAGAUUAUGUGAGCUCAAUAGGUCUCUCCAAACAAUUUUCAACUCCAUUUUCUUUUCCUGGUGUCCUCGAAGACUUGGCAAGUGCAGAAAGCGGGGAACCACUCCAAGAGGGUUUCAGGAUAGGCAGCACUCCAAGAGUUUUGGCAAGCCUCAACUGUCCAGAUGAAGUAGAUUCAAGUUUGGUUUGUUCAUUACCUGAGGGCUUUAGCCCUGCCACUACAGAUUCUGAAAACCUCGAAGGGGUCUGGCCAGAAAGUUCCAGCAGCGUGGAUGUCUCUAAUAUGCAGGGAAGCGUAGGUCUUCACAAAGUCAUAUCUGCUCCUGGAAAGAUGGAGAGUGUUGGCAAUGAAUUCUCGAAAGAGAUGUCUUUGAUAGGCAGCGGAGAUAUUCUUUUGCAAGACAAAGAAUUGGUCGAGAAAAGUGACGCGACCUUGCAACCAAACGUUCCAACAUCCCCAUUAAGGUCUAGCUUCAAGAACAAAGAGUUACCUGAGGAAUUUGCAGGUGUUGGUGCUGGAUCAUUGUCUAAUCUGUACAGCAAAAACGUGUAUAGCCAUCCCGGAUCAACUCAGAGUAGUAUUGCAGGAUCUCCACCAAGGGCAAUCCCAUCAACACCUAUGAUUGUUUCUCUUACGGGACAUCUCUAUGUAUCUGGUGCAGCACGGCUCUCUCUUCCACACGGUGUCAAUAACACUGCAAUUAGUGUCCAUGAUGAUGAACCAACAAGCAUCAUUGCAUAUGCGCUUCUCACCCCAAAAUACCAUGCAGAGCUUGGAGAAGCGGUUGCAGAGAAUGACAAAGAAAAACCCAAAGAAAAGUUUCGAGAAAAUGAGGAGAACGAGACUGGAGACUUCGCAGGUAUGAUAGACUCAAUCCAUCAAAUGGAGGAGUCCACCGCGAGCAUCGACGUAGAAAAUGAUAUGAUUCUCAAAGAGAAGCUUCUGAGAAGCGCUUCUGUGGAAGUACUGGCACCAAGCAAGAAGAGAGAUGUCAAGGUGGCGUUCACAGACUCUAAAGAAAGCGGGAAAGUUGAGUUCCGUGUCACUUGCUAUUAUGCAAAACAAUUUGAUGAGCUUAGGAAAAAGUGCUGUGGAGGAGAUAUGGAUUAUAUACGCUCAAUGAGCAGAUGCAAGAAGUGGGGAGCUCACGGAGGGAAAAGCAAUGUGUUUUUUGCUAAGACCAUGGAUGAUCGAUUUGUUGUGAAACAAGUGACGAGCACUGAGAAAAUAUCUUUCUUGGGCUUCGCUCCACAAUACUUCAAUUAUCUCACCGAGUCUCUCAACUCUGGGAGUCCUACAUGUCUUGCGAAGAUUGUCGGACUGUACAGGGUGUCAGUGAGGCAACCCAAAGGAAAUAAAGAGCUCGACUUACUUGUAAUGGAGAAUCUUCUCUAUGCACGCAAUGUGAGCCGCCUCUAUGAUCUGAAAGGAUCUGUGCGAUCAAGAUAUAAUUCCGACCUCACAGGAAACAACAAGGUGCUGCUGGAUGAAAACUUGUUGGAGAUGAUGCCAACUUCUCCAAUUUUUGUCAGCAACAAAGCUAAGCGUUUGCUUGAAAGGGCUGUUUGGAAUGACACAGCUUUCCUUGCGGGAGUACACGUAAUGGAUUAUUCUCUGCUUGUUGGUGUGGAUGAAGAGCGACAAGAGUUAGUACUAGGUAUAAUUGAUUUUAUUCGCCAAUAUACGUGGGAUAAACAUCUGGAGACCUGGGUGAAAGCAUCUGGUAUACUUGGUGGUCCUAAAAAUGCAGCACCAACUGUAAUCUCACCAUUACAGUACAAGAAGAGAUUCCGUAAGGCAAUGUCGACUUACUUCGUCAUGGUGCCUGAUCAGUGGAGCCCUAGUCCUUCACUGAUGGGACAUGCCCGGACUAGCGAGUUGGCUUUGUCAAAUGAUGGGACAAAGUAAUAGAGCAGACGUUGCUUGGGAAAUAGUGACGAGGACGGUGGCUGUUUCACCUUGCCUUCUUUAGCAUCUGUAAUUUACCUUUUCUAAAGAGUCAUCUAAGAUAGCACUGGCUCUCACCUUGCAACAUGAUUCUUUACUUCCGGCUCACAUUUGAAACUUACGGGUCGUCGUUCUCCUGUUUUUUUUCUUUUUCUUUUUUUUAACAUAAACUUUCGAACUCAUAUGUUGGUA